AGUGUGCUACUGUUGAUUACGUUACGUCAUUUUCAUUGUUAAACAGCAAAACAGCACGCAAUCGAAAAAUCAAUUUUGCCCUUUGAGGUUAUGCAUUUUUGUUUUAGAUAGUCAAGAUCAGCAAUAACUCAACAUGCCAGUACCAUCAGGAUCUUUCCAAACUUCAGGUCCCUCCUGUUUUGAUAGAAUGAAGAUGGGGUUUACAAUAGGCUUCUGUGUGGGCAUGGCCUCAGGAGCGCUGUUUGGUGGUUUUAGCGCACUCAGGUACGGGUUGAGAGGCAGAGAACUAGUCAACAGCGUAGGCAAGGUGAUGCUCCAAGGAGGAGGAACUUUCGGUACCUUUAUGGCCAUUGGGACAGGGAUCCGCUGCUGAACUGACGACUGCUUCAUUGUAUCAUACUUUGUUUACUAAUUAUUCACAAACCCAAUAAUAAAUUGUAUAGUUUCAUUAGACUAUGUAUAGACUUAAACUAGUAUAUAAUUUCUAAUUAAAUUUCUUUUGUAAAUCA